AAGUCAACGUCAGAGACCAGUGUGGCAAGCGCUGCCAAGUAACUUGCCGCGCUCGGCAUAAGCUUACUCGACCUAACGUCUUAACUAAACAAACGAAUACUGCUUUGUGAAAUCAUUGUUUUAGUUUAAAAAAUGAAGUUGCAUGUAGUGUGUUUUGCCUUGCUAUGGAAUUACGCACAUUCAUCCUGCCGUACGCCACUAGGAGUUGAAAGCGAUUGCGUGUCUCUGUACAACUGCCAGCCACUAUUGUCAGCCUUCGAGCAACGUCCACUGCCCGGACACGUGGUCAGCUUCCUGAGGCAGUCUUCGUGUGGGUUCGAUGGUUACGAGCCCAAAGUGUGCUGCGGCCCUCUGCCUGCUCAGCAGCAGCAACCAGCUCAACCCACGCAAAGACCUAGACCAACGCGCCCACCCAGUUCCAACAACGAUCAGGCAGCUUCUGUAGAGGACGAGGAUUCAUCUCCUUCCCCCAGCGGCGAAUGCGGCGUUGACACCAACGGAGACCGAAUAUAUGGCGGCCAGUUCACCGACCUCGAUGAGUUCCCAUGGAUGGCUUUAUUGGGGUACAGAACCCCCAACAGAACGAUAACGUACCAAUGCGGCGGAGUCCUGAUCAACCAUCGGUACGUGUUGACUGCGGCACACUGCGUCACUGGCGCCAUCAACCGCGAAGUAGGCACACUUGCCACCGUUCGGCUUGGCGAGUAUGACACUCAGAGCGACGUGGACUGCGUGGACAACUCGUGCGCAGACCCACCGCAGGAGAUACCGGUGCAAGCCGGCUUCCCGCACCCCGGCUACAACGACAAGAACAAGAACAGGGCGGACGACAUCGCUCUAGUUCGGCUGGUACAACGGGCUAAAUAUACUUACUACGUGCAGCCCAUCUGCCUGCCGGAACCAGGCCGGGCGCGGUUGGCGGUGGGCAAUGACGUUUACGUCGCCGGCUGGGGAAAAACCUUAAACGGACGCAACAGCCCAAUCAAGCUGAAACUGAAACUACCCAUUUUCGAAAAAGAUAAUUGUGUACAAAAGUACCGCACAUUGGGUGCUGAGCUCGGAGAUAAGCAAAUUUGUGCUGGAGGGGUGUUCUCCGAAGACGCGUGCAGAGGUGACUCCGGAGGCCCUCUCAUGAGAGCCAAGAGCAAGGGAGUGUAUGAGUCCGUCGCCGUUGUGUCCUUCGGCUAUGGCUGCGGCAGGGACGGGUGGCCUGGAGUCUACACUUCUGUAGCGAGUUACAUAGACUGGCUUCGUUCUACGAUGAGAGAAAAUAAUGUUUAGAAACUUAUGUACGAUUGUUAAAAUAUGUAAAUUGUAAA